AUGUCGGCACCAGGAGCUGACUUGCAAGAGCGCAUCGCCGCCGCUCGUCGCGAGGCCGAUGGCCUCAAGGAGAAGAUCCGCGCCAAGAAGGAUCAGAUGGCCGACACCAGCCUUCGCGCCAUGGCUAACGAUAUCGAGCCUCUGCCAAGGAUCGUCAUGAAGCCACGACGGACGCUCAAGGGCCACCUCGCCAAAAUUUACGCCAUGCACUGGGGCAACGACAAGCGUCACCUCGUCUCGGCUUCUCAGGACGGAAAGCUCAUCGUCUGGGACGCCUACACUACCAACAAGGUUCACGCCAUCCCGCUCCGUUCGUCCUGGGUCAUGACCUGCGCGUACGCUCCUUCGGGCAAUUCGGUCGCCUGCGGUGGUCUUGACAACAUCUGCAGUAUCUAUUCGCUUCGUGGCCGUGACCCCAACAACAUCAAGGUCGGCAGGGAGCUCUCGGCGCAUACCGGAUACCUCAGUUGCUGUCGUUUCCUCAAUGACCAGCAGAUCCUCACUUCGUCCGGAGACAUGAGCUGUAUCCUCUGGGACAUUGACUCGGGUACACGCAUCACCGAGUUCAACGACCACACUGGUGAUGUCAUGAGCAUCUCGCUCAGCUCCAGCCCCAACGUCUUUGUCUCGGGUGCUUGCGAUGCCGUUGCCAAGGUCUGGGAUAUCCGAAGUGGCAAGGCAGUGCAGACCUUUGCCGGCCACGAGAGCGACAUCAACGCCGUCCAGUUCUUCCCCAACGGUGAUGCCUUCGCCACUGGCUCCGACGACGCUUCGUGCCGUCUCUUUGACCUUCGAGCCGACCGUGAGCUCAACACCUACACCCACGACAACAUCCUCUGCGGCAUCACCUCGGUCGGCUUCUCCGUAUCAGGCCGUAUCCUCUUUGCCGGCUACGAUGACUACACGUGCAACGUCUGGGACACGCUCAAGGGCGAGCGCGUGGGUGUGCUCGCUGCGCACGAGAACCGUGUGUCGUGUCUGGGUGUCAGCGCCGAUGGUAUGGCGCUGUGCACGGGCAGUUGGGACUCGCGCCUUCUCAUCUGGGCUUGA